CAACUUGACAUCCGAUCCACAACUGCCAACUGCCCAUUGCCAACUCCCGACUCGUCCUCACCACGCACGCGCGCACCGCAUGGCCCCACCACGCUUCUGGCGCAGCAGGUCGCAGCGAUCCGUCGAGUCGGCCCAGCUGAGCGUGCCCUCGAGCGUGGCAGGUGCAUCCGCGUCGACAUCCACGUCGACAUCGAUUGCAGAGCACGCCCAGCACGCGCACACACUUCCACAACCGCAGACCGCGAGCAACGCCUCAUCCGCUCUGACCAUCCGUCCAGGCCAGACGACGCCCACGCCCACGCGUCAAGCGCAGACACAGACGCAACAACCGGCUCGCGCCUCGACGCCGCACCUCAUCCUCCUCACCCUCUCCCUGUUAGGAGCCCAACUCGCCUGGUCCCUCGAGCUCUCCUACGGGACCCCCUUUCUCCUCUCCUUGGGCCUCUCCCCCUCCACCACCUCCCUCGUAUGGCUAGCGGGGCCAGUCUCGGGCAUGGUGGCUCAGCCCAUCGUGGGUCAAUUGAGCGAUGCAUCCCCGCCAGGAGCGCGAUGGCGACGUCGUGGCUGGAUGCUGGGGAGUACGGCAUGCAUCGUUGUGGCGACGCUCAGCCUUGCGUACUGCGAGCCCGUGGCAGAGGCGAUUGUAGACUUUUUUGCUGUGGGGCUGGGAGAUUGGGACCCGCAUCGCGUGAGGGCGGCGAGGGAUGUGACCAAGGUGCUGGCAGUGGGGGCCUUUUGGUUGUUGGAUUUCGCGCUCAACGCCCUGCAAGCAGCGAGUCGCUCCCUGAUCUUGGACAAGGUGGAAGGCAGCGAUGUGGAUCGAGGCAAUGCGUGGAUGGGGAGGAUGACGCAUGUCGGCAACAUCCUCGGGUACACCUGCGGCUUCUUGAACCUCUCGCGCCUCGCGUUCCUCCAGCCCCUCGGCGGAGAUCAGUUUCGCAAGUUCGCAGUCAUAGCCCUCGUCGGGCUGGUUCUGUGCGUGGGCAUCACCUGCACGUUUGUACACGAGGGCAACCUAGAGGGACACUCAGCGCAAGACCAAGGGCAAGCGCAGCAGCAGCAAGGCUCUACUUUUUCCUCUUCUGCCCACCCGAAACAUACCGGCGACGAGGACUCAGAGCGCAACCGCUCCCCUCUCACCGCGCUGCGCGUCUCCCUCUCCUCCAUCUGGUCUACCCUCAAGACGCUCCCCCGCCCCAUCCGGCGUGUAUGCCUCGUACAGCUCUUUGCAUUUCAGGGCUGGUUCCCCUUUCUCUUCUACGCGACUACCUGGAUCGGCACAUUCGAGCCGCGCGGGACGGGUCGCACGAGGCGGGAGGAACGAGAGCGACGCGGUACGGAGGGGAUGUUGCUGUUCGCCCUGGUCAGCUUGGUCGCUGGGAGUGCUCUGCCCCUCAUCUCGCUCGGGCAAAGGCGCAAGAACACGUCGUACGUGGACAAGAUGGUGCGUCGCCUACUCGGAGGACGGGGCGGCGUAACAUUGCGCACCCUUUGGACUUUCUCGUGCCUCGCCCACUCCCUCCUCUUCCUCCUCCUCACCUUCCCUGCCUCCAACACACGGCACGCCCUCCUCCUCGUAGCCCUGACGGGUAUCCCCUGGGGAAUAGCCUCUUGGGUUCCCUUUAGCCUGGUGAUGAGCUUCGUACGCGAGGCGGAACGUGGGACCAGUCCGUACGAGUUUGAGGGGGACGCCUGGGCUGCGGCGCGGCAUGGGGCUGGGGGGGAGGAGAGGACGAGGGAGGCGUUGCUGGAUUGUGGGGCUUUGCAAGCGGGGAGUGGAGAUGGGCGCACGACGUCGGGGAGCUUUGUGGCGAGGGGAAGCGAGGUGAUCCGGCCUGUGGGAGCGGCGGGCAGUCAGGGCGGGGCGCAGCUGCGCAGGGUGAGUGGGCUGGACCAAGACGCAGCGGGCGAGGAUGACGAGGAAGAGCAGGAGCGGGAGCGCGGGGAGCACGCACCACUCCUCGGUCAUGAGAGCCCCAACUACCGCGACGCCAUCGACGAGGCGCGCGCAGGCGCAGGCGGGACGAUUCUAGGUAUCCACAACCUGAGUAUCGUCCUUCCCCAAUUCCUCGUCGCAUUUAUCGCUUCGAUCAUCUUUGGGUUCUUCAACGGCGCGGGGGAAGGAGGAGGAGAUGGGGGAGGAGGGGAUGGGGGAGCCCCCGGUGUGGUGUGGGUGCUACGUUACGGCGGCUUGGCUAUGUUGCUCGCCGCAGGGUGUACGAGGCUGGUUCCGCUGGUCGAGGGGGAGAGGGAGGCACGCGCGCGCAGUAGAGGGAGGGCGGGUUCAUCAGAUUGAUGAGAUGUUGGCGUCUCGUGACAAGAAAUCAUCUUUUGCCAUC